UAUUUCAUCCACGGGAGCAGCCUUCACUCUACUCGACGAUCACUCACCGUCGCCUCCAAGCUCGUCCAGGUCGCCAUCUGCCACCCCCAGCACCGGUCCGCUCCCUUUUAAUGUCUGGCCGCUCGUUCUCCGUCUACCGCGACACCCCCGCGGCCCCGUCGCGGCCGGCCACUCCCCCAGCGACGUCCGACAAGCCUGCGCCCUCCGCCAGCUCGGACGCGGUGGCCCCCGGCACCCCGCUCUCCCCCACCAGUGGCGAGAAGGAGAACACGAACCCGGUGACUGGCCAGCGCGCGGGCGCUCCGGCCGUCGCGGGCAAGAAGCGCAAGACUGCAGUGCUGGCCACGAAGGCAUCGCUGCCUCUCGGAGAGAAGGCGCGGCAGGAGGUAGAGGCAGCGGAGCCUGAAGCGAAGAAGCGCAAGGCUUCUAUCCUUCGCCCCAAGGACGGCAAGUCGUCAUCCAUCCCGCGGAAAUCAGCUAGUGGGACGGCGAAGAAGGGGGCGAAGAAGGUGGCGCGCCGCGGUGCAUCCCCCUUGCCAAAGGUCGAGGAGCUCCCCGAGGAGAACGAGACGAAAGAAGUCACGCAAGCGCUCAUCAACGAGCGAUGCUACGAACUCACGGUCAGCCCGCUGGCCGACGUUACCGAAGCGUAUGUCGAGAAGUCCACCGAGGCCACCGCGACGCCUGCCACCCCAAAGAAAACUGAGAGCACGUUCACGACUAUCAGGGAAAAAUCAGUUGAACCCGAGAUCUCCGACCCCGCCCCGAUCGCCCCCGCCAAGGCGCGGGCGAAGUCCAUUGUGCGCAAGGUGCUCACGACGCCUGAGCGCCGGGCCAUCUCCUCCACGUUCACCUUCCACUCCCCCUCCCCCACGAGCGAACGUAUCAAGGACUCGCGCGUCGACCCCGACCUGAUCAUCGACCUCAAGUCCGACGACCUCUUCGGGUUCUUCUGACGAGGAUCCGCCCCACGAAUGUUUCCACGACCGCAUAUCUACCUUCAUCUUUGCAUUAUCUAUUGGCACGCACUAUCGCUGUCGCAGACCGCUCUUCUCAUACCAGAAUCCGUACCAGAAUCCAAACUACAAAUCUUAUCGCAUACCAUCGACGUUCCGUGUCCCGCUUCUUACACUUACUUGCGCGGCUCUGGCGGAGUCGCGCGGCUGCUUGUCUGUUUUUCCCCGACUGCUUUCCUCAUCUCUUCGCAUAUAGCCCAGUUGACGUUCACGAACCUGGCCAGGACAGACAUGCCAUGUUCUGUACGUCGCCGCAGUGCUGUCCGUGUUACCUACCCAUACCAUGUGUACAACAAUUGCAUCUCAUUGUAUCGUGGCAUGCAAUCCCAUCCCUAUUUAUCGGUCUCUCUCCCUUGCACCUU